GGAUGCGGCGGCGCCAUGUCCUUGACGGCGACGGCGCUGGUGCUGCAGGCCCUCCUGGCGCACACCGCGCAGGCCGGCUACCUGCUGGGCGUGGGCAUCGCUGACGUCACGGGCCCGCCCGCCGAGGUGCACUUCAUGGGCUACGCCAACCCCGGCCAGAAGGGCGGCGGCAUCCACCUGCGCCAGUUCUCGCGCGCCUUCAUCUUCCAGGACGAGUCCGGCCAGCGGCUGGCCUUCGUCAGCGUGGACUGCGGCAUGAUCGGCUCCGGGCUGCGCAAGGAGGUCUUGAAGCGGCUCCAGCCCCUCGGGGCGUACACGGACAACAACCUCAUGCUGUCGGGGACGCACACGCACUCGGCGCCCGGCGGCUUCCUCAUGCACCUGCUGUUCGACAUCACCACCCUGGGCUUCAUCAAGGAGUCCUUCGACGGCCUGGCCGAGGGCAUCACGCUGAGCGUGGAGCGUGCGCACAGCAACAUGGCCCCGGGCCGCGUGUUCCUGUCGCGGGGCAAGCUGACCGGCACCAGCGUCAACCGCAGCCCCACCGCCUACGACAACAACCCCGAGGAGGAGCGGCGCAUGUACGAGGACAACACGGACAAGGAGAUGCACCAGCUGCGCCUGGUGCGCGAGGACGGCCGGCCGCUGGGCGUCAUCAACUGGUUCGCCGUGCACCCCACCUCCAUGAACAACACCAACACCCUCAUCUCCUCGGACAACGUGGGCGCGGCCGCGGUCUUCUUCGAGCGGAGGAUGAACGGGCCCGAGUCCAUCGUGGGCAGGGGGCCGUUCGUGGCGGCGUUCGCGUCCAGCAACCUGGGGGACGUCUCGCCCAACACGCACGGGCCGCGCUGCCAGUACUCGGGCCGCGAGUGCGACAUGGGCAGCAGCUCCUGCCCGGGCAACGAGGCGUGCGUGGCCAAGGGCCCCGGCACCGACAUGUUCGAGUCCACGCGGCUCAUCGCGGAGCAGCUCGUCGCCAAGGCCUGGGAGCUGUGGACGGCGCCCAGGGCCCGUGAGGUGCGGGGGCCGCUCUUCUCCGUUCACCAGUACACCGAGAUGCCCGGGCAGGAGGCUGACUUCGUGGACGCGCGCACCAGCGAGACGAGCCACGUGCGGGCCUGCCUGCCCGCCAUGGGCUACAGCUUCGCGGCCGGCACGACGGACGGCGCGGGCGCCUUCAAGUUCCAGCAGGGCACCCGGUCCACCAACCCGCUGUGGAACACGCUGCGCAACUUCAUCAUGGAGCCCAGCGCCAGCCAGGUGGCCUGCCACGGCGCCAAGCCCAUCCUGCUCACCACGGGGGAGAUGAACUUCCCCUUCGAGUGGCAGCCCACCAUCGUCUCGCACCAGCUGGCCAUGCUGGGCGACGUGGCGCUGGCCUGCGUGCCGGGGGAGUUCACCACCAUGGCGGGGCGCCGGCUGCGCAAGGCCGUGCACGAGGCGCUGCAGGACGCGCCCGUGCGCCCCGACCGGCCCGAGGACGUCAUCGUGGUGGGGCUGUGCAACACGUACUCGGACUACAUCACCACGCCCGAGGAGUACCAGGUCCAGCGCUACGAGGGCGCCUCCACCAUCUACGGCCCGCACACGCUCACCGUGCACCUCAAGAUGUACCGCAACCUGGCGCAGAACGUCGCGAAGCGCGUGCUGCCGGACCCCGGCCCCACGCCCCCCGAGCUCAUGAACGACCUCAUCACGCUGCUGCCGCCCGUGCUCGUCGACACGCCCGUCUGGGAGAAGAACUUCGGCGACGUGCUGGAGCAGCCCGAGAAGGAGUACGGCCCCGGCGACAUCGUGCACGUGUCCUUCGUGUCCGGCCACCCGCGGAACGACCCCCGCCGCGGAGACACCUUCCUGACCGUGGAGAGGCGAGAGCACGGCGGCUGGAGGGUCAUCGCCACGGACGCCAACUGGGAAACCAAGAUGAUCUGGGAGCGCGUUUCCGCCAUCCUGGGCUCGUCCCGAGUCAUCGUGCAGUGGACCGUGCCCAUGGACGCGCCCGAGGGCGACUACCGCAUCUCCCACUACGGCCACUACAAGAAGCUCUUCUCCGACAUCGUGCCCUACAACGGCACCUCCAAGGUGUUCAGGGUUACAGGAAAUAUCGACACAGAGGCCGCAGAAGACUUGUUUGGCAGAUAAAAGUGUCAUGUGAUGUUAAUUUUAAAUAAAUAAAAUAAAAACAAGUGGUCUGAUUA